UGCAAAUAUAACGUUGACUACGGAGUAUACCUCAGAGAUACCUCGAGCUGAGUGAACCUUUCUUCGCGAGGAACCCCGCCCCCUCUUAGCUCUGUCUGGUGAAAAGAAACCCAAAAAUCUACCAUUCAGAUGUCACCUCUACCCCUCGAGGGCUUUGACGACUACGCGACUGUAGCCCAGCUAGUUCAGCCCCCUCAAGUACCUCGCCAUCGCUCCCACGACCCCUCCAAUAACCAGAAGCGGUCAGAUCCCUUCCAAUUCGGUUCCCGAUACCUCGAAGAAGGCGACGAUGUAUUUGAAUUCAAUGCCUGGGACCACGUUGAAACUGAUGAAGAUUACAAGCAAUAUGCUCAGCUGCAGAUAGCUAAGCAGCGAGAAUCGCCAGUAUCAGAUUUCAACCGUCAACGGUUCAACUCCGACCCGGCAAAGUGGUGGGAUCUAUUUUACAAGAACAAUACAGGCAAUUUCUUCAAAAACCGAAAAUGGUUGCAGCAAGAAUUCCCGGUGUUGGCAGAGGUUACAAAGGCCGACGCGGGGCCGAAGUUGGUGUUGGAAGUCGGCGCGGGGGCCGGAAACACUGCGUUUCCGAUUCUGGCGAAUAAUUCCAAUGAACAGUUGAAAGUACACGCUUGCGACUAUUCGAAGAAGGCGAUUGAGGUGAUAAGAGAGAAUGAGAAAUACGACGAGAGGUAUAUCAGGGCCGAUGUGUGGGAUGUUACGGCUGAGGGUGAAAGUUCACUCCCACCGGGGCUUGGCGAGGAGUCUGUUGACGUGGUCGUCAUGGUGUUUAUAUUCUCUGCUCUGGCACCUGAACAAUGGGAACGAGCCGUGUCAAAUAUCUAUCGUGUCUUGAAGCCAGGGGGGCAGAUAUUAUUCAGGGACUACGGCCGGGGUGACCUGGCGCAAGUGAGGUUCAAAAAGGAGAGGUACAUGGCGGAAAAUUUCUACGUCAGGGGUGACGGGACCAGGGUUUAUUUUUUCGACAGAGAUGAACUCGCUCAUAUUUGGGGUGAAUGGUGUCCACAACGGGGAUUGCCAAAAAACGAAUUAGCUACAGCGGAGUCUGAAAUAAAUGAGGGUGCGGAAAGCGCAGGAUUUGAAGUGCUUGACCUUGCAGUGGACCGAAGGCUGAUUGUCAACCGCAAAAGAAAGCUAAAGAUGUAUCGCUGUUGGAUACAGGGCCGAUUCCGCAAAAUAGAGCUUACAUCGACUGGUGAGUCUAAUGGAAAUCAAGCUGGACAACUUGAAAAUUGA